UGUAAACCACGUCUAAAAUAAACGCUGAUGUGUUUGCAUCUCUCUGGUUACAGCGUGAAGAAAGAGGGACAUCCUUACGGCGCUUGCCUACGCACCCUAUGAACAAACAGGAUGCUCACCAGAACGCCAAGUGUUGUUGCUCAAGCAUUCCUUCUUCUAAGCAUUAUUCUUGUCAUUGCUAUUGCAGUGAUUCAGAUAAAUCAGCAACAGAUCCUCUCCCCAGGGCUUAAGUAUGGAAUAGUCCUUGAUGCUGGAUCCUCUCGGACUACCGUCUACGUCUAUGAAUGGCCAGCAGAAAAAGAAAAUGACACGGGAGUAGUAAGCCAAACCUUCAAGUGCAAUGUGAAAGGCCCUGGUAUAUCCAGCUAUGAGAGGAACCUUGGAGCUCUUGCCAAACCUUUUGAUGACUGCCUGAAUAAAGUCAAGGAGAGAAUACCAGUUCAUCUGCAUAAGAACACUUCUGUUUAUCUGGGGGCUACAGCUGGCAUGAGGCUACUGAGGUUGCAAAAUGAAACGGCAGCCAAUGAAGUCCUUGCGAGCAUUCAAAGCUACUUCAGAGCACAGCCUUUUGACUUUAGGGGUGCGCAAAUCAUAACGGGGCCAGAGGAAGGGCUGUAUGGAUGGAUAACAGCCAACUAUAUAAUGGGCAAUUUCUUAGAGAGAAACCUUUGGAGGACAUGGGUUCAUCCUUACAGAAAAGAGACAAUGGGUGCACUGGACCUUGGAGGAGCUUCCACUCAAAUUUCAUUUAUCCCAGAGGACUCUCAGGAGAACUUCAACAGCACCUUACAAGUGAAGUUGUAUGGUUACAACUACAAUGUCUACACACACAGCUUCCAGUGCUACGGGAGAGAUGAAGCUGAGAAAAGGCUUUUAGCAUUGCUGCUCCAGAAAUCGAACACCAGUUCCAACGUGGAUAAUCCAUGUUACCCUCACAAUUAUACUGCUGCAUUCACCAUGAAGCACCUCUCUGGCAGCCUUUGCACACAGUCCCUGAGACCAGCAAAUUACCACCCGAGCGAGCUUGUGCGCUUCCAUGGAACAGGGGAUCCAGGUCUGUGCCAGGAGAUGGUUUCUUCAUUGUUCAACUUCAGCGCUUGCAGAGACGCAGAAGACUGUCCUUUUCAUGGAAUACAUCGGCCAAAAGUUAAAGGGAAUUUUGUGGCUUUCUCAGGGUUCUACUAUACAAUUAAUGCUUUGAAUUUGUCUGGGCACUUUUCCCUGGCUGACUUCAAUUCAAGUAUGUGGUUUUUCUGUUCCCAGAGCUGGGCACAGCUCCAGUUUAUGCUGCCUAAAUUUGAAGAAAUAUAUGCUAGAUCCUACUGUUUUUCAGCCAAUUUCAUUUAUUACUUGCUUAUACAUGGUUACAACUUUGAUGCAGAAACUUGGCCACGGAUACGUUUUCAAAAGGAGGUUGGCAACAGCAGCAUAGCGUGGUCACUCGGUUACAUGUUAACCCUCACAAACAUGAUCCCAGCAGAAGGCAAGCUGAUCCAGUUACCUCUGAAACCUGCUUUGUUUGCUGGGCUCCUUGUCUGCCUCACAGCUACAGCAUUGUUGUGUCUUCUCUUCCUCGUGUACUUGUGGAUUGCAUCACGUCAUCGGAAGAACGGCAGCCGUGUUGAACAUGUAUUUAUUCCAGAAUGAAUGAAUUUUACUGAAAAGUUUUAUAGUGCUAUGAAGUAGGACUUUAUUCUUGAAAAAUGGAGAGUGAAAUAAAGACAAAAGGCAGAAAGACUUCAGGACCAGAAGCAUAAAUGAGGAGAGACAUUAAGGCAUCUGUGAUACGGUGACUUGGAGUGCUUUUAUCUUGACACUUGUUUCUGUAAACCUCACUCGUCCAGCGUGUAGCAGAGAAACAAUGGGCAGGUUUGUUAAUAAGGGAUUAAUAGCCUUUUCCUGACAGGUAUGUAUUAUUGUUGUUGUUCAUGUCGAUCUGUGCUGAUAAGUGGUGAUAGAUGUGACCACAGUGGUGGCUGUUUAAGUAUGCCGUGAAACAUGGCAGCUGUCCUGGUGUGCUGUGCUGCCACUGAAAGCUCCCAGGUAAUCUCAUUUCUGAAACUGGAACAAGCACUGGGUAAUGACAGCAACUGAAAGGAACAGCUAGGGUAGUUUCUUCUAUUGCUGUUCCAAACUGAUCUGCAUAAAGGUGUAAUAAACUGCCAACACCUCUCAGGAAUGUCAAGCCUGUCUCAAACCUAAGCUAUAUCCUUUUGUACCAUGGAGAUCUUGGCAUGCCUCUGCUUAUGGUACGUAAGGUUUGUUUUGAAGGUUGAACAAAAUGCUUUCGUGCUUUGGUAACUGAACCUAAACUUAAAUGUCUCAUGGUUAUCUCCAGAAGCCACUGGGGUUUCCAGUGCCCUUUUCUCUAACACUUACAGAAAUACUUCUGGUAGGUUCUCAUCCUGAAACACUGAGCUGUUGAUCUCAGGCAGCUGCAGUCGGCGCUGACUUGUCAUGCAUGUGUUAUUUCAACUGUCUGGAUAGACUCUCAGGCCUGGCACCUUCUGAAGCAUUAACGAGUUGAGUCCUCCAUUCAGAGCUCAGAGGAACAGGAGCCACCCUGCAGGCCAGCAGAAUACCCUUUCUGAGGUGGGUUCAGGAACGUGUUGCUGGAGCUGCAGUCAGGGUUGUAGUGCCUCGAUAAGCCUUUCCCCUGUCCUGGACUCUGUGUGCCUUCAGCAGCACUGGGAUCUACCUAACACAUGCUCCUGUCAAACACAUCAACUCCAGAGCUUUUGGGAAGUGCUGCUGCCUUUGUGCUCCAAAGAGCUGACUUCCCUGACUUUCAGCUGACUGAAAGCCCCAGCAUUCUUCACCAAACCUCUCAUUCCCUUAAGUCUUAAGACUACAAUUUUACCCACUGCUCAAGGUGUUCUUCAUGGUUGAUGCCCCUUUUACCUGCUUGUCUUUUGGUGUUCUUCAGCUGAGUUCUGAAAUAACCCUUGAAACAAUCUCCUGCCAUGUCAUCUGCCCUCUUUUCCCUUUGUACAGUUAAUUCCUCUUUAUAUUGCCAUAACAUGAUCUGUGAAACCGCAAGGGUAAUACAGCUGAAGGAGUUAACAGGAAGAAGGGACUGUUGUAUUUUUGAGGACCUGCAAGAGGAGAAAAGAGCAUCUCUGCUUCACUUCCCUACUCCCCUUCUACCAUCUCCUUUUGCCCAGAUUCAAUACCUCCAUGGAGCUCCAUCCCCAGAUGUCCUCCAAAAAGCCACUGCCAGUCAAUUCACAUUCCUCUCUUUCCAUCUUCUCAGCAUUGCUUCCCUUUGUGCGUUGUUUCCCCUGCUUACAUCUUUCCUCUGUAAAGGGAUGGUUACUCAUUUAAUGCAGUUUUUCAGUGUGAGACAGUAAAAACUGGAAGGGAAAUUGCCACAUUCAGCAUCUACUGCUAAUGAGCUAAAGUUUGUGAGGCCACUUGAGUAGAGGUUUCCUUGCAGCUGUGUUGCAUGCAAGAGAGUGCAUGCACUAAAAGUCAAGUUAACCUUGGAUUAUGAAUUGCAGUGGCAUGUAGUGUGUUUUCUAUCCUGACUUCAUCUAUUCCCCAUAUUGAUUAGGUUGUGAGAGAAGUGGCCAGUAUUUUUAGCCAUUAAUAUUUUCAUGUUCUGUUUUUUGCUUCUGUAUCACCUUCCUUGAGGUUUGGUUGGGGUUUUGCUUGCUUUUGUGUUUCACAGGCUGAUGGAUGAUUUGAAAGAACUAAAUACCUUUUUAAAUGGAAAAAAGAAUGAGUUAGUGAUUUUCAAGAGAAUCAGCAGGGAGGGUUUUGUCCCUUCUGUGUUGGUAUAGCUAUGUCCUGUCAGUCUUACUGAAGUAGCAGUACUUAAAAUAAGGCAGAAGGUAUCACAAGGUGAUGAAGUGCUCUAUAGCAACAAGUUACAUCUGAUAAACCAAAAAGCUUAAUUCACAAUGCAUUGGCAUUACAGAAUAAUGGCACGAGAUAAAAGCUUUAUCUUUGGUGUGAUGGAUCUGGGACUGCAGUUAAGGGUAGAAAAUCCCAACAGUUGGAUGAGAGCAUUAAAAUGUCGUCUUAAGUUGCCAAAUUUCUGUGGGAGAUGGUAUUCUGGAACAUGUACUUGCCUUACAAAACCUUUGCUUUGUGAAUGGCAGGGCCAUUCAGUCAUGGGCUUACACAAACAGAACACGCUUGGAAGUGAGCUUCCUUGGAAUUGGCAGCUACAGACCAAACUUGUUUAACAAUCAUUUGGACUCCCAGAUGUGCUUGGAUGGAGCCAGUUUCUGUUGAGGGAAUGCCUUCCCCCUGCCACUCACCUCCUGUUUACCUGCAGUUCAUGCUUGGCCACGCAGCCAGCUUGCCUGCCCUCUGCUACCUACAGCGGUUGCUUCUUGGAGGAGAGCUGGGGCAGUGGUGGUGGUCAUGGCUUCAUAGUCAGAGCUAAACCCUCCCUGAGGUGCAAGGCAGAACCCCAUCAGCCACUGGGUCCUCGGCCUGUCAGCUGGAACCAAACACAGGGCUGGGAAAGCCAGUGUAUUAGCAGUGAUUGAGAGCGUGCACAGCUGUAGGUUGUCUUUUCACACUCUUUAUUGCCUGUAUAUGAAGACUAAUAAAACUAACUUGUGAAAAGUUAA